AGGAGGAGAGGAACCCCCCACACAAUCUUUUUCAUUUGCGUUGCUCCAUUUCCACUGCACAGAGCUCCUGGCAUAUUAGUAUAUUCAAGAACUUGCUAGUGCUAUCUACUUUCAACCGAACCAGGGAGUACUUCGUUUUUUUUUCCUUCUUUGAACCGUCCGGUUCGUUGCGAACCGAAUACUAUGGCAGCUCUGUUACCUUGCGCGCCGAACGUAGUCUCUGCUCCCUUGGGGAACCGGAGCACGUGCCACUUCCCGCACCGACCUUACUCCCACGCUUUCUCCGGUUCGACCGCCAGACACUUUCUUCGCGGUUCGCUUACCGUCGCCCGCUUCGGGUUCCAACCCGGUUUCUUGCCCGAGCCGGACGAAGCUGAAGGUGUUCUCAGAGAACUGUUUGGCCGAGCGGAGGGACUUCUUUACACGAUUGCCGAUGCCGCCGUUUCUUCUUCCGAUACUGUUGCGGCUUCCACCACCGCCAAACAGAGCAACGACUGGCUUUCCGGAAUUGCCAAUUACAUGGAGACCGUUCUCAAGGUACUCAAGGAUGGGCUUUCUGCUUUGCAUGUCCCGUAUGCUUAUGGUUUUGCAAUUAUACUGCUCACAGUUCUUGUUAAAGCUGCCACUUUUCCAUUAACCAAAAAACAGGUAGAAUCUGCCUUAGCUAUGCGAACUUUGCAACCUCAAGUAAAGGCUAUUCAGCAGCAAUAUGCUGGCGAUCAGGAGAGAAUUCAACUUGAAACUGCUCGGUUGUAUAAACUAGCCAACAUUAAUCCUCUAGCAGGAUGCCUCCCUACACUUGCAACAAUACCAGUGUGGAUUGGGCUAUAUCGAGCCCUUUCAAACGUGGCAGAUGAGGGGCUCCUUACUGAAGGUUUCUUCUGGAUACCUUCUCUUGCUGGUCCAACUACAGUUGCAGCUCGUCAGAAUGGCAGUGGUAUCUCUUGGAUUUUUCCUUUUGUGGAUGGUCACCCUCCCCUUGGAUGGUCAGAUACAUUGGCUUACCUGGUCUUGCCUGUGUUGCUGAUUGUCUCUCAGUACAUCUCUGUCCAAAUAAUGCAGUCAUCACAGCCAAAUGAUCCCAACAUGAAAAGUUCUCAAGCCUUGACCAAGGUCCUUCCAUUAAUGAUUGGUUACUUUGCUCUCUCAGUUCCUUCUGGUCUUAGUCUUUACUGGUUAACAAAUAAUAUAUUGAGCACUGCACAACAAGUAUGGCUUCAAAAGUUAGGAGGCGCUAAAAAUCCUGUAAGGCAAGUCCCAGAUGAUAUCAUGAAGAAUGACCUAACACAGGUUCAGAAGUCAAUAUCUAAGCUAAAUUCCACAAAAGCGGAAGAAGCCAGACAAAGUGAGAAAACAUCAGAGGGGCCACAACCUGGUGAAAGAUUUAAGCUAAUAAAGGAGCAAGAGGCAAGAAGAAGACAACGAAAAGAAGAAGAAAGGAAAGCCUUGGAAGCAGCGGCUAGAAAAGCUAAAAUAGACGAGACAUUUGAGAAAACAGUUGAAGAGGGAAAUCAAACUGGAGGUGAUCUAGUUGUUGAAAAAUCUCGGUUUGUGGCUUCAGAUACUGAUCCCUCCAUAUCUGGAGUAGUAAAUGGUAAUCCAUUAAGUAAAGACUUGGAGGGAAAUCAGAAUUCUACGUCUAUAUCUGAGACAGAAAAUAAUGAUGGUUCUGCUCAUUUCAACAAUGUUGAGAUAAACGAGAAAAAUUUAGACAAGGAACCAAGAGAAGUAUUAACAACUACAACCGCCACAAACAAACAACCUCCUGCAGAAGAGACAAAGGAUUGACCAACUAAAAGAGAUUGAUCUGCUUGGAGAUUGACUGGCCCAGUUGCCAUCUAUAUGCCAUAUUGGAAGCGCAGCCUCCCUUGCAAUUUGGGGUCUGCCUGGUUAACACUGUACAUUGCCACAGAAAUGGUGGAAUGAAUGAGAUUCAAGGUUUCUAUAGUGGCAGAGGGAGUGAUUGGAUUUGAUGGCUGAUUUUACAGCCUUAUAGUUUUAGUUUGUAUAAUACUUUUUUCAUCAAUUUUCAUUGACAAAGAUGGAUGAAUUCCCAUUAGAACAGAUGUUUCAUAAUACCCUUUAUAGUCAGCUUGUCAUCUUUGAUACUAUUUUUUGUUUGUGACUGUAGUGGUUCAGUAAAUGCAGGCCUAGGUCUGUAUAUCCCGUAGAAACCGUGAUCGGAGAAUAUCCAUAAUGUUUUUUUCUACUCUAAAAUAUCGGCACGUAAUAACAGGCUAAAUAGUGGGCUUUUUA